UUACCGAAGCAGCUAGUUGUUUAUUAAUUAUUAACAUUAUUAAUAUUAAAUUAAUAAACAAACAUUAUUUAAAAUCUAAAUGUGUCUGAUUAUCAGUUAUGAUACUUGAGUUUCGACAGGUUUCCUGAAAAAUAUUCGUUGUUUUUUUCAACUACCGAAAAAUAAACAGUUAAUUUCAAGUUACGAAUUUAUUGCAACGAAAAAGUGUUCAAGGAGGCCAAAAUGUUUUCGUUUGUACAACACAAUGCCGUGGAGCCGAUGCAAGUCGACGCACCACCAGAAGACAAUGAUAACACUGAGGAGGAACCUUAUGUUGUAGAGAAUCCAACACUGGACCUCGAAGUUUACGCAAACAGUUACACCGGAUUGGCAAAAUUGUACCGGUUGAUUUACAUCGCAGAUCACUGUCCAAGUUUGAGAAUCGAGGCUCUCAAAAUGGCGAUAACUCAUGUAAUGACGACUUAUAAUGUUAAUCUGUAUCAAAUAUUGCACAAAAAAUUGCUCCAAGCUCUGGGAACUCCUGGACUACCGGACGUAGCAGCGCAGUCGACGUCCCAGGACAUCCCGACACUCAACCAGAUGUGGGUUGAGAACAAAUCCAAGAAAGCAGCCUUAAAAUUAGAGAAGUUUGAUACUGAUUUGAAGAACUACCGCAGUAAUUCCAUCAAAGAGAGCAUCAGGCGCGGACACGACGAUCUUGGUGAUCACUAUUUAGACUGCGGAGAUCUUGGAAACGCGCUGAAAUGUUACUCGCGAGCUCGAGACUACUGCACCAGCGGGAAGCAUGUUGUCAACAUGUGUCUCAACGUUAUAAAAGUAUCAGUUUACCUUCAAAACUGGACCCACGUGCUGACUUACGUCUCCAAGGCUGAGAACGCACCGGACUUUCCUGAUCUUCAUAGCAAAGACAACAACCAGUCUAUAAUAACGAAGUUGAAAGUCGCGGCUGGACUGGCGGCUCUGGCCAUGAGAAAAUACAAGCUCGCUGCCAGACACUUCCUCCAAGCUUCUCUUGACCACUGUGAUUGUCCGGAUCUGUUGUCUCCAGGAAACGUCGCACUGUACGGAGGACUCUGUGCGCUGGCUACCUUCGACAGACCCGAGCUACAGAAGCUAGUUAUUCAAAGUAGUUCAUUUAAAUUAUUCUUGGAACUCGAGCCGCAAUUAAGAGACAUUAUUUUUAAAUUCUACGAGUCUAAGUACGCUUCAUGUUUGAAAUUAUUGGACGAAAUACGUGACAACAUUCUGCUGGACAUGUACAUUGCGCCACAUGUUGCUUUGCUGUAUACACAGAUUCGCAAUCGUGCUUUGAUACAGUAUUUCAGUCCUUACUUGAGCGCUGAUAUGAGACGCAUGGCUGUUGCGUUCAAUAGGACUGUCCCGGCUUUGGAAGAUGAACUUAUGCAACUUAUCUUGGACGGACAGAUCCAAGCUCGUAUUGAUUCGCAUAAUAAGAUUUUAUAUGCCAAAGACGUUGAUCAACGUAGCACAACCUUUGAAAAGUCUAUAAGUGUGGGAAAAGAGUAUCAAAGACGAACAAGAAUGCUCAUUUUGCGAGCUGCUAUUCUCAAACAUCAUAUCCAUGUCAAGUGCCCACAACGGGAAAGUUCUCAAGGUGGCGAAAUGUCAGUUGCUCCAGGCAACAGCAGCUCAGCGCCAAGAAAUUAAUAUUCGCCUGUUUGUACACCAACUAUAAACAUUGUGUCAUUUUGUUUUUUAUUAUUAAUUAUCAUUAAGAAUUCUUCCUUUUUUUUCUUUUUAUAUAAUCGAUGUACAUACACUUUCAGUACAUUUAUGAUAAUAAAUAUGGCGUGCAAAUGUUA